AUGAAGUACGAUACCCCACGCAUACACAUGAGCAACAUACAGAUAGAAAUAGUUAAAGAAAUUAAAAUAUUAGGCCUGUUAGUAGAUGAAAAAUUAACAUUUAAUAACCACAUUAAAGAGGUAUGUCGUAAAGCUACUAACAUAUACAAACCAUUAGCAAGAGCAGCCAAAAUUAAUUGGGGAUUAAACUCCGAGACUAUUAGAACCAUAUAUGUGGCGGUUAUCGAACCCAUAAUCAUGUACGCGUCCAGCGUGUGGGCACCUGCCACACAAAAAUUGAUGACACAGAAGCAGCUAAACACUGUCCAGCGGGGUUUUGCUCAAAAAAUCUGCAAAUCGUAUCGCACUGUCUCAUUAAACGCGGCCUUAAUACUGGCUGGUCUCAUUCCAUUGGACCUGAGAAUCCAAGAGGCAUCCCAAUUGUUUGAGGCAAAAAGGGGAAGACCGCAGCCUACACUGAAAGGCAGAAAGAUGGAAAAAAGGGUCAGCUUCCUGAACGCUCCGCAUCCGUCUGAAGAGGUGGAGGUGAAGUUUCAGUGUCUAGAGGACCUUGAGCCGGAAACUGUGGCGAAACAUGCAAUCACGGGGUUUAGGAUAUUCACUGACGGCAGUAAAAUGAAUGGUGGAGUGGGUGCAGCUCUGUCCUGCUGGGAAGCUGGAGAGGAAAUAAUGUCCAAGAAAUUUCGUCUCGAAGCCUUCUGUACAGUUUUUCAGGCGGAGAUGUACGCACUGUACCAAGCCACUGAAGUUGCCUUAAAAACAAACAGGAAUACAGUGAAUAUCCUAAGCGACUCAAGAUCAGCAUUGGAAGCCCUCGGUAGCACUAAAAACUCCCAUCCACUAGUUUUUACAAUCAGGAGAAAUUUGAGUCUCCUGAGGGAAACACAAACGAUUACUCACCUUUUCUGGAUACGUGCUCAUGUAGGAGUGGAUGGCAAUGAAAGGGCGGACUUUCUUGCCAGAGAAGCAGUCACUAAACUAAAAACAAAGUCUAGUUACGACAGAUGCCCAAUCUCAUUCAUCAAGAGAACCAUUCGACAGAGUAUCCUCGAUGAAUGGGGUAAAAGGUACAAAAACGGAGAGACUGCAGCCGUGACGAAAAUCUUUCUGCCAUCAGUGGAACAGGCAAACAAAAUAUUAAAGAAGAUCACGCUGUCGCCGCUACUUACCCAGGUCUUCACAGGACACGGUGGGUUUUCAGAGUACUUGCACAGAUUUAAGUGUAAGGACGAUCCCGGCUGUGUAUGCGAUGAAAAUGUUGACGAGACAAUUUUUCACUUGUUGAUUGACUGCCCGCAGCACAGCAGAGCACUCGAGGACCUGCAUCAACAAAUACACAUAAAUCUCUGCAAGAACUCCAUUCCAGUAAUCCUAAAUAAUGCUUCUGCAAGGGAUCCAUUCUUAAAUUACUGUGUUAAAGUAGCCAAAGUAGCAAUAGAAAGAAAUAGGACACAGUAG